CUCGAACCAGCAGUAAUUUCUACAAUAUUUUAGUCACACAUAUAAAUUCUUUAGUGGACUAUAAUUCCUUCAUUAAAGGACUUCAAGUUUUCAACCUUCAUCUUCAUCCCAAAACUAAAUCUUUGUUCUUUUGUGUCCUAAGAUAUGGUUAGAGCUCCAUUUUAUGAUGAAAAUGGAGUGAAAAAAGGUGCAUGGAGUGCUGAAGAAGAUGAGAAACUCAAAGCUUAUGUUCAAGAACAUGGCCAUUGUAAUUGGCGAGAGCUCCCUAAAUAUGCAGGUUUGAUGAGGUGUGGCAAAAGUUGUAGACUACGUUGGAUCAAUUAUCUUCGUUCAGAUGUGAAAAGAGGAAAUUACUCUAAAGAAGAAGAACAAUUAAUCCUCCAAUUGCAUCAACAACAUGGAAACAAAUGGUCAUUGAUAGCUACAAAAUUGCCGGGACGAACAGAUAACGAAAUAAAGAACUAUUGGCACACCCAUUUAAAGAAGGUACAAGGAAACAAGGUUACAAAGAAGCAACAAAAUGAGGAAAUUUCGAAGCAAAAAUCCAUCCAAAAAAGAGAAAUGUCAGACCAAAUCAAAACCAAUUUGACAAAGGAAAUUCCUUCUCAUCAGAUCUUUGAAAGCUCUCCAUUUUCCCCUUUGUCCUCUGAAAUUUCCACUGUGACCUCCAAUCAAGAAUCCACAGAAGAUAGCCCUCCAACAACAUUCAAAUUUCAAGAACCAUAUGAUAACAAUGGAGAUUUUUGGGCUAAUCCAUUUCUAGCAGACAAUUUGGAAGCUGAAAGUGAAAACUUAAUGAACUUUGAUUUCAUUGGAGGGUUCAAUCCACCUUAUGAUUUGGAGUUUGAUGAAAAUUACUUGUUCUACCAAGUAAUGAAAGAAUUGCCUGAGAAUUAUCAACCCCAAUUGUAUCCCUACUGAAAAAGAAAUGUAUAUGUAUAUAUUAUAUAUAUAUAUAUAUAAUAAUAUAUAUGAGUGAUAAUGGUAGAACUUUGUUAC